AUGCCUGGCCACAGGACUCGUAACGGACGCCGAGGAAACGAUCCCAGAGGUGCCAACCAGCAGCGCCAGUCUGCAGGAUCCCGAGAUGCCGCAUUCAACGCGCCCCAGGGUAGAAGAGGUGGAAAGGCGAGCUCAAACAUAAGCAAGUCGACGGACAAUAUCCAGAAUGGUCCUGCCACUCAAACCUCUCUUCCACUAGCAGAUGACCAUGGCCCCAUGCCGGGGUUCAACUCAGACGCCGUCGAAGCAAUGCUAAAGCAAGGCUACGAGGCAAAAGCACCAUUAUACAAACCUGACGCAAAAUCCCAAGGCGCCAAAUCAGAGAGCCCUUGGGGCAUGAAACCUGGGGCAAUGGCUAGUGGCAAGGAUUUCUGGUUGGACCUCCGCAAACAAGUUACCGCAUUACAGCAGUCAGGUGGUAUUGGCCAAGGCGGAUGA